GUGAAGUGGUGUAGUGCAUGAAGUGUAGUCUCAUCUCCAGUCUUGUCAGUCUUGUUUUCUAUUAAAAUCCAACACAGUAUGCAGCUUGAAUUACAGGGUUUUAUAAAUUUGUUCAACUCUUUGAACAGCAGCACACGUGUUGCAGCACAGGCUUUAUGGUGGUCUCCUAACCUGUGUCCGGAGCCUGAACACGCGGAUGUGGUGAGGUUCAGUUUGAAACAGGAAACAGCAUUUUCUCGCCCUGUACUUUUUAUCAGACUUUUAGCUGAGACUGGAAGUAAGUGCAACAGGAUGGGCGCACGCUAACACGCUGUUUAAGAAGGAAUCUCCAGUGUCAGCGCUUUUCAAAUCAGUUCUAAUUCCUCCAUGGGAAAAUCUUGAGAGCAGAGGUCAUUUGGUUCCUUCGUAACAUGACAAGCUGCAAUUUUUUUGUCUUCUAAACGUCAAGAGAAGGAAAAUAGAGGCUGCUAUGAUUGAGGUCACCAGUCAGCAAGGUGCUAUCCUCGCCUUCCUAUCUCUGUCCACCGUGGUCUUCAUCUGUGCUCUCUGCGUAUGCUGUAGAAAGAAAUCUUUGAUUGUACAGGAGAAUAACCAACUUUAUAUUCCACAAAUACUUCACAGAGAGGGGAGCAGGUUUGCUGUGACAAGGUCAAAAACAGUGACGAAUGCUAACCAGAUCAGCUCAAAUCUGUCUCAGAGUUCAGGGAAUGUUGCACACACAUCUAAUAGCCAGCUAGAGUCAGCUGUCCCGGACCUCGAGGGCAGUUACCAGAACGUUUCAAAGCCAGCAAAUCAUGGAAUUAUGGAUGCCACUUAUGUAGACCCAAUAGCAACACCACCGAAUAAUAACAGUGCUCUUGAUAGUGAAUAUGCAAAUAUUUAUCGACCGGAAGACAUCGAUCAUGACUCAUCAGAAGAUUAUGAAAACACAGAAUUCCUGCAAAAGCACCAAAUAGAUGAUAAUGAUGAGUCAGAUUACGUCAACGUAGAACCAAACUAACUAACUAACUGUUAAUCAAGGUAGAUGAAAUAUCUAUUGGAAUGGAUUGACUUGUUUAAUAGCACAAAAAAACAUUGCAUUGUAAACUAAUAUAAUGUUUCAUGGACUUGUGUGAACUUUUAGAGAAGUUAUUCAUGUAAUAAAGGCUCGUGUCACUGUGAAGUGUACGCAAAUUUCUUUUUGUAGAAUUUAAUGUUUUAAGUGCUUGUACACUAAAAAUGAAAUGAUCUUGAUUUUGGUUGUUUUGUUAUAAUGAGCGUUUUCUUACAUUUCUCAUAUUACAUUGUUAGAUUUAAUUAUAUGUAUAUUAUUUCAAUAUUUUAUUAUGUGAUGUAAUCAUCUGUAAUUUUCCUGCACAAAGAAUUCCCUAGUUUUCCCCUUGAUGUAUAUAAUUACUAUUAAUCACCACAACAGCUGAAAACAAAUGUUGGGAUUUAAAAAUAAAUGUUAAACACUGAUUUUAAAACUGUAUAUUUCUGAUAGGGUUAGAUUUUUGACUGCAUUUCUGCCAUCUCAAUUUCUAUUUUUAUAUUUUGUCAAUUUUUGCUUUCAUAUCUGAACCUAAAGAUGUGUGAACAUUUACGUCCUUUAAUUAGAAUAAUAUACAGAAUUAAAAUUAGCACAACUUAAUAGCAGAAUGUCGCUGCAAUGAAAUUAAAUCAAGAACCUUGGAGAAACUUUUUGCAUGAAUAAAGUAGCUAAAUUGUAGACGUUAUGAUUUUCCAACUUCUCUGAAAUAUCCUCAGCUUCAUUAAACUAACCAAUGCAUAUCUAAUUACACUUAAAAAAAAACAAAACAAAACUUUUAUAGCUUCUCCAGACUUGUUAGCCAAUUACUGACUCACUUCCAAGCAAUUAUCACCACAACUUAUUCUAGCUAAACUAAUCCAGACCCAAAUUAACCAGAUUUAGCACUACUAGUAAAUCUUGAGGAUUAAUUUUUUUAUUGCAGCAUCCUGCUCAGCUUGCCCUCAAUUCUUUCACCUUGCAGGCAUGUGGUAUAGUAUGAGUACAGGGUAAGGAAAAACUAGAAAAGUAAUACAAAUGGUCAAAUGAAUGGAGGGGAAAAAUGACCAUUAUAAUGACCUUUUGAUGUAAGCAACGGACUAAUUAUGAGAGAAAUGUAAAGAUUUAAUUUUUAACUAUAUUUCAGAUGUGUAUCAGACAAUUCAUUCUAAGCGGUCACUGGUUAAAGAG